AUGGCUGGCACACGUCCCACACGUCAAAACAACACGCUCAUUGCCCACCCGGAGCUGGGCCGCAGUUUGCCGCCUGAAGAUCCCUCCAUCGUCGAUCGGCGCCACGGCAUGACCUCCAACUACAUUGCUCAGCAGCACUCCAAUCGGGAGGCGUUGCGUGAAGCGCGCCGUCAACCUCUACAGUUCAAGGCUAGCGUCCCCAUGGCCAACCGGGAUGCACCUGAUUCAGCCUUGGGCACGCGCCCGCUUCGUGGCACCCUGCGCACCAACCCCUUGAUCGCCAAGGCACCCUUGGGGAGCUCCGCGCGAGCUGGGGUCAAUGCGCGCGCACAAAGCAUGACGCAUGGUCGGAUCAACGUCAAGACGGACAGCGUUGCCAAUGCCAUGGCUUGGUCGCGGGCCCAGCCCGAAGCUGUUUCAGCUUUGACCACUCCGGCCUCCACCACACACUCGGCCUCCUCCAACGGCUCAACUGGCCGUGGUCUCGACUACGUGGCCAUGAACAAACUGGCGCUGCGCCACGGGCUCACCAGUGCCAAGGACCAGUUGGCGCUGCGCCAGUCCCAUCGGCUUGAGCGCAAGUCGUCCACCAACAACACCACCCCUGGCCGCCGUCUGCGCGGUCCCACCGUGCAAGACGCGUCCCAGCCCGCCGGCGCCACCAAUCGGUUUGAUGGCAGCGUCGGAGAGUUGAUGAGCUUUGAGCCCCAGCGCCAGUAUUUGCUGCAGCGGCAAGCAAGCGAGGCUCAGCACCGACAAGAGGUGCGCGAGUCUCGCCGCGUGGGCAUUCCCACCACCAAAACCGUUCUUUUGCGACAAAAGAUGCGGUCACCACCACCCUCGGCACCGUGGAAGAUGAGCCGCUUUGAGAAAAAUGCGCAGCCAGCCAUCUCUUCGUUCCGCUCGCCCCGUGCGCGGCAACAGGCCUUGGAGCGCCAUCAGUUUGAGAGCGUGGAUCGGAUGGGCACGUUGGGCCAAGGCUUGCAUGCUGCAACCCUUUAG